AUGCCCAGACUUGGUCACCAAAUAAAUAUGGAGAGAGAGACGAGCAUGGACGCCGUAGACGAGAAAGAAGUGUUUGCGCGGAUUUACCGUGGACAAAGCGAAAUCAAGAAACAUCCGUCAAACAGCCAUACCCGCGUGGGGCGGUGGCAGCAACAAUCGCAGCUGAGCCUAGCAGAUUCCCAGAAGCGGAAAAUGCAGGACUGGGGGGAAGGGGGGCAAGUGACAGGCCGCGGAGCCAAGGCAAAAGGCAUGGCAGAUGCGUGCGUUGCGCCUGCCGAAGUCAAGAGCGACGAGUUGCGCGUUCGAGCAGGUCACAGCGAGGGUGCGACCCCCUGGUCCAUGCGCCAAUGGCCGAGCAUGGCCGAGCAUCAGCACUUUGAUCAAUGGGGUCCACGGCCAGAUGAGCAGCGUCUUGCCGGAUCGCGUUUAGGUCGAAUGGCCACAGUGGAGUCGGGGCGAUUCGGGGAGGAAGUGUUGCGCAUCACCCGUGCGUGCUGGACACUCCACUUAGGAACAGACCCUUCUCGAAAAGGUCGCCCGCUAGGCCCGAUGCGGCCACCCAGGGCGAUCUGA